CUGGUUGGAUGGCUGGCGGAUGGCUGGCGGAUGGCUGGCUGAUGGCUGGAUGGCUGAUGGAUGGCGGAUGGAUGGAUGGGGGGGUGGGGAGGCACCAGCAUAUGGAGCACCUGGGAGCAAGCUUCCUCCAGAGGCUCCAGCUGCGGUUCGAGGAUGAACGCAGCAGUGCUGGCACUCUUGGUGCUCUCCCUGAGGUCUGCAGCCACCGUGGCUAAGCCAGUGGAGGGCAGCUUUUGCCCGAAGAGCCAGGUGGCCUUCAGAGAUGCUUGCUAUGAGUUUGUGUCACUUGGGCACACCUUCCGUGAUGCCCAGAGCUGGUGUGAGGGCCAAGGAGGCCAUCUGGUCUUCAUUCGCGAUGAAGACACACAGCACUUUUUGCAGAGGCAUAUCUCCCAGGACAGGGAAUGGUGGAUUGGACUCACAGGGAGCUUGGAGCAGAACGGGACCUCGGAAGGGCCAGGGACCUGGUUGGACACGUCGAAUGUGAGCUACAGCAACUGGCACAGCGGACAGGCGGCACCUGCUCCCAACACCUGCGGCUACAUCGGGAGAGGCCCUGAUUCCCAGUGGGCUGCCUCGGGGGACUGUGCGCAGGCCUUCGCCUUCAUCUGCGAGUUUGGGGUCGGCCGGCACCUGGCCUGUGAGGGCCUCAACGCCACCCUGCACUGUGGUUCCGGGGAGGUCAUCCAGAUCCAAGCGGCCCUCUACGGGCGCCAGACCCCCCACUACUGCACUCGGAACACCAGGCGGCCCUCACCUCUGGAAGAGGAAUGCACCUGGCUCAGUGUCAAGGACGAGGUGGCAGGCCAGUGCCAGGGACUGCAGGCGUGCCAGGUGGCAGCAGAUGGGAGCUACUUCGGAGACCUGUGCCCGACUCGGGGCAGCUACCUGUGGGUGCAGUACCAGUGCCGGGAAGGCCUGCAGCUGGCCGUGUCCCCCGAGAGCGUCGUCUUUGACAACGUCACCAUCUCCCUGACGUGGCUCCUCACUCCUUACGUCGGAAACCUGUCGUGUAUCAUUAGCAUGGGAGACGGCCACACUGUGGAUCCCUACUACCCCACCAGCAGCGUGACCCACCAGUUCACGUCUCCUGGGGAAUUCACCGUGUUUGCCGAGUGCACGACCAGUGAGUGGCACGUGACAGCUGAGAAGCAGGUGAUCCUGAGAGACAAGACCGGGAGGCUCAGGGUCACGGGCUGUUCUGGCCUGUCCGAGUCAGGAGCCGUUCCUGUCUGCAGGGCUGUCUUUGGGGACCCUCUGUGGAUUCAGGUGGAGCUCGAUGGAGGAACAGAAAUGACUUUCACUGUGCUUCUGGGUAACGAAACCCUGGCUGAAUCCAGCACCCAGAGCGGCUCACUACCCUACAACCUGACCCUGGACAGGGACGCCCAGGCACUGCUGGGCCCUGGGGUGCACCACCUGGAGCUCCGAGCCACCAGCAACACCACCACCUCUGCACCCUCUAGAAACAUCACCGUCCAUCUCCUGGAGCCGCUGUCGGGGCUGCAGGCCUCCUGGACUUCCGACCACCUGGAGCUCGGACAGGACCUAGUGAUCAACGUCUCCGUGGCUCGUGGCACCCCCGAGGAGGUGACCUUGGAGGUGGCAGGACCCAGUGCCACCUUCUCCCAUGAGGAAGAGAGCUUCAGGGAGCCACAUGGCACUUACCGUGUAGCAGUUCCUAUGGCAGGCACCUUCCUGGUCACUGUGCUGGUGAGGAAUGCCUUCUCAAACUUGAGUUUGGAAGUCGGGAAUGUCACAGUCACAGCGCCAUCCGGUCUCCAAGAACCAUCUCGAAUAAGUACCAAAGAAGAGAGUAAUGGCAAGGAGGGCAUGGAGGUGUAUGUUCAACCUGGUAUAUACGUGGAUCCUUUCACAACCGUGACCCUGGGCUGGCCUGACAACGUGGAGGAUUUACGAUUCCACUGGUCAUGUGGGCACUGCUGGGCUCAGUGGAGAGACUGCAUGAAGAAGCGCCUGCUCCAUGUGGACCGGAGGGAGCUGGUGGUCCCGCCGCCCUGCCUGCCACCACCUGGCUCAGCUGUCACCCUACACCUGGCCAUCCAGAGGGGCCAGGAGGUGGAGCACGAGGUGGAGCAGUGCCUCUACGUGUCUGCUCCCCCGGAGCUAAGGCCUCGGAUCAGCUGCGAGCACAACUGUGGGCCGGUGGAUGCCAACGAUGACCUUCUGCUCAGGGUCACCAUGGGAGACGACGCCCCGGUGGCCACGUUCAGCUGGUAUUUAGACCGCACCUCGUCGGAGCAGGCCAAGCCCCUCCCCACCGCCUGCAGACUGCGAGGAUUUUGGCCGAGGUCCUUAACCCUCCUUCAGAGCAACACCUCCACGCUACAGCUCAACAGCUCAGCCCUGCAAACCUGGGGAGACGUCAUCCGGGUCAGAGCCACAGCACUGAGCAGGAGCUCCUAUGGGGAGGACACCUACGUGAUCAGCACUCUGCCUGCCCCCGGGGUGCCCGCCUGUGCCAUCGUCCCAGAGGAGGGCACCGUUCUGACAAGCUUCGCGAUCCUCUGCAAUGCCUCCGUAGCCCGGGGCCACCUGGAGUACUGCUUCUGCCUGGAAUCAGGUUCCUGUCUCCACUGUGGCCCUGACCCCACCCUCCCAUCGGUGUAUCUGCCACUUGGAAAAGAAGACAAUGGCUUUGUGCUGACAGUGGUCAUUUCUGUCACCAAUCAGGCGGGGGAGAGACAACAGACACGUGCCACGGUUAAGGUGGGUCUCCGAGACACACGUGUAGAGGAAGACGUGGCUUUCCCGGCUGCUGUGUCAGAGAGAAUCACCGCCACUCUCCAAGAGGAGGGCGCCCCUGAGCAGCUUCUCCACCUGGCCAAGUCCGUGUCCUCUGUGCUGAACCACGAGGGCCAGGGCCAGGGCUCUGGGCAGCUGCUGAGCAGGGACGCCAGACAGAAGGUCAGAGAGAGUGUGCUGAGGUCACUGUCCAUGGUCACGGCCAGCCUGGAGGACAUGCAGAGGGUGCAGGGGCUGGCUGAGGUGCUGAGAGAGGUGACCCACCAUAGUGAGGAGCUCACACCUGCAGCCCAGCGGGAGGCCAGCUGGGCUCUGCAACAGGCCACUGAGGCCCUGUUGAUGGUGAGUGCCAAGGCCCAUCCUGAGGACCAGAGGCACCAGGCAGCCAUCCAGGACCUGUUUCAGGUGGUGGGCAGUGUUCUGGAAGCUUCCCUGAGCAACAGACCAGAAGAGACCACAGCAUUCACCAGCAGCCAGGCUGCCACAGUGCCCGAGCUGCUCGGAGUCGCAGAGCAUGUGCAGACUGCCCUCCUGCUGGGGACGCUGCCCGGGGGCCUUCCCGCCACGCUGGCCACCCGCUCCAUCUCCGUGUACACAAACAGAAUACAGCCACAGAGUUGGCGAGGCUCCUCCAUGCACAUCGCUGCUGCUGGCUCUGCGACCUUCACCCUGCCUGCCACCUUGUCCUUCGGCUCUGCAGAGGACGGCCAGGAGCCUGUGGACAUCAGGAUGAUGAGUUUCCCAAAGAGCCCUUUCCCAGCCGGGAGCCGCUUUGACGUCAGUGGAACCAUUGGUGGCCUCCGUCUGACCCGCGCUGACGGACAGCUCAUCCCUGUGAGGAACCUGUCGGAGAAUAUUGAGAUCCUGCUGCCCCGGCUUUCUGAAGGGCACGGUGAGCCGACUGUGUUGAGCCUGACCAGUCCUGGGGCCUUGUGGGUGAACAUGACCUCAGGGAAGGCGGCCCUGGGGAUCCAGCUGCACUGGCGUCCUGGCAUCCCACUCACGCUCAGCCUGGGCUACGGCUUCCACCCCAACAUGACCAAUUAUGAUGUCCAAACUCGCCUCCCGGCAACGCCUGCUCCAGAGGAGCCGUUCACGUGGAUCCUGGGCCCUGAGGACCUGCGCUUCGGAGAAGGCGUCUACUGUUUGACUGUGGCCCCCGAGUUGGACCUGAAGCUGGCCCCCCGUGGGAACCUCACAGUCGGCAUCACUACCUUCCUCUCCCACUGUGUGUUCUGGGAUGAGGUCCAGGAAACUUGGGACAACUCUGGGUGCCAGGUGGGGCCGCGGACCACUCCCUCCCAGACCCACUGCCUCUGUGACCACCUCACCUUCUUCGGAAGCACGUUCCUAGUGAUGCCCAAUGCCGUUGACGUUGGCCAGACUGCCGAGCUCUUUGCCACCUUUGAGGACAACCCGGUGGUGGUGACCACUGUGGGCUGCCUGUGUGUGAUCUACGUGUUGGUGGUGAUCUGGGCGAGGAGGAAGGACGUGCAGGAUCAGGCCAAGGUCAAGGUCACAGUGCUGGAGGACAACGAUCCCUUUGCCCAGUACCACUACCUGGUGACAGUCUACACGGGACAUCGGCGAGGGGCAGCCACGUCCUCGAAGGUGACCAUCACACUGUAUGGAUUAGAUGGAGAGAGUGAACCCCACCACCUGUCAGACCCCAACAGUCCAGUUUUCGAGCGAGGAGGAGUGGAUGUCUUCCUGCUUUCCACCCUGUUCCCCCUAGGGGAGCUGCAGAGCCUCAGGCUGUGGCAUGACAACUCAGGGGACCGGCCAUCCUGGUACGUGAGCCGAGUGCUGGUCUACGAGCCAGCAAUGGACCGGAAGUGGUAUUUCCUCUGCAAUUCAUGGCUGUCCGUCGAUGUCGCAGACUGUGUUCUCGACAGGGUGUUUCCUGUGGCCACCGAGCAGGACCGAAAACAAUUCAGCCACCUGUUUUUCAUGAAGACCUCUGCGGGCUUCCAGGAGGGACACCUCUGGUAUUCCAUCUUCAGCUGCUCGGCUCGGAGCAACUUCACCCGUGUGCAGCGGGUGUCCUGCUGCUUCUCCCUGCUCCUGUGCACCAUGCUAACCAGCAUCAUGUUUUGGGGCAUCCCCAAGGACCCAGCGGAGCAAAAGAUGGACUUGGGUAAAGUUGAAUUCACCUGGCAGGAAGUGGUGAUUGGGCUGGAGAGCUCUGUCCUCAUGUUCCCCAUCAACCUCCUGAUCGUUCAGAUCUUUCGGCACACCCGUCCUCGGGCCACGCAGGCGCAAAGCCUUGGGAAACGAGACAGCGUGACCCCCAACCUGACUUCCACACCCCAACCCGUGGAGGAUGGCUUCCUGACACCCGAAGCAGUGACCAAGGAUAUGAGGAGACUGGUCAGCUCACUGUUUAAAGCUCUGAGGGUGCCAUCCCCUGCCUCCAGCUGCGACUCCAUGAGCCUGAUGGACAUCAACAAUCUCCUGGCCUUGGUGGAAGACCUCAUAUGUCCACAGAACAUGACAGGCCAGGGGUUUGGGGAGGAAGCCAAAAAGCCACUUGCUCUUGGAUCUGUACAAGUGGAAGGUAAAAGGCAGUGUCCCGAGCCUGAGAUGGCCCUGAGAGGGCCUUGGAAGGACGGCCUCUAUAGGCAGUGUCUCUACCUUCAGCUGGAGCACAUCGAGCAAGCACUGAGGCUGGCUGGGCCCCGGAGCUCCCCCCAGCGCCACAGCCACGCCCGGGCGCUAAGGCAGCUGCAGACCCUGAAGGGCUGCCUGGGGGGACAGCAGGACCUCCUGGUCCCAGCAUGCACCAGCGCCCUGCGGGCCAGCAGGCCUCCACGUGGCCUGCCUUGGUGGUGCGUCCUGGUGGGCUGGCUCCUGGUGGCGACUACCAGCGGCGUGGCAGCCUUCUUCACCAUGCUGUACGGCCUGCACUACGGGCGGGCCAGCUCCAUCAGGUGGCUCCUCUCCAUGGCAGUCUCCUUCGUGGAGAGCGUGUUCAUCACUCAGCCCUUGAAGGUGCUGGGCUUCGCUGCUUUCUUUGCACUGGUGCUGAAGAGAGUAGAGGACGAGGAGGAGGCCGUGCCCCCGCUGCUGGGACAUCUGUCUGGCCCAGGUCCCUGUGCCUUGUACCGGGCACGAAGACGCAGCAGCAAGGACAUCUACCACCCGCCUCUCGCCGCCACUGUUGAGAAGUUGAAAACCACCCGCCUCCAGGAACAGAAAGCAUUUGCCCUCAUCAGAGAGAUCCUGGCAUAUGUAGGCUUCCUGUGGAUGCUACUGCUGGCCGCCUAUGGCCAAAGGGACCCCAGCGCCUACCACUUCAACAGACACCUCGAGCACAGCUUCACCCAAGGCUUUUCAGCCGUGCUGAGCUUCCAAGAGUUCUUCAAGUGGGCCAACACCACCCUCAUGGACAACCUGUUCACUCCUCACCCAGGCUUUAUCACGGAUGGGAACUCCAAACUGGUCGGCAGUGCCCAGAUUCGCCAAGUGAGGGUGCGCCAAGGCUCGUGCCCCCUUGCUCAGCAGCUGCAGGCUUCUCUCAAUGGAUGCCGUGCGCCAUAUUCCCUGGAUGUUGAAGACUUGGCAGACUACGGGGAAGGCUGGAAUGCCUCUGCCCUCAAUAGCAGCAACAGCUUUCCCCAGGCUUGGCGGUACCAGAGCCAGAGCCAGCGUCAAGGGUAUCCCACGUGGGGGAAGCUCACUGUGUAUGGAGGAGGGGGCUAUGCGGUCUCCCUGAGCUCUGACCGCCAGAAAGCAUCAAGAGUUCUCCAGUACCUCUUUGACAACACCUGGCUGGACACACAGACCAGAGCCGUGUUUGUGGAGUUCACCGUGUAUAACGCCAACGUCAACCUGUUCUGCAUUGUCACACUGAUCCUGGAGACCAGCGCCCUGGGAACCUUCUUUACACACGCGGCCCUGCAGAGCCUCCGCCUGUACCCCUUCACGGAUGGCUGGCACCCCUUCGUGGUGGCGGCAGAGCUCAUCUACUUCCUCUUCCUCCUCUACUACAUGGUAGAGCAGGGCAAGCUCAUGAGGAAGCAGAAGUGGGGCUAUUUCAGCAGCAAGUGGAACCUCCUGGAGCUGGGCAUCAUCCUGGCCAGCUGGAGCGCCCUGGUGGUGUUCGUCAAGAGGGCAAUCCUGGCUGAGCGUGAUCUCCGGCGCUGCCGGAAGCACAGGGAGGAGGCCAUCAGUUUCAGUGAGACAGCAGCUGCCGAUGCUGCCCUGGGCUACAUCAUCGCGUUCCUAGUUCUCCUGUCCACAGUGAAGCUCUGGCACCUGCUCAGGCUGAAUCCCAAAAUGAACAUGAUCACCGCAGCCCUGCGCCGUGCCUGGGGUGACAUUUCGGGCUUCGGCGGCGUUGUCCUUGUCAUGCUUGUGGCUUAUUCUGUCGCGUCAAACUUGAUAUUUGGUUGGAAACUCCGUUCCUACAAAACUCUCUUUGAUGCGGCAGAAACGAUGAUCAGCCUUCAGCUGGGAAUCUUCAACUAUGAGGAGGUCCUGGACUACAGCCCUGUGCUUGGCUCCUUCCUAAUUGGGUCCUGCAUUGUGUUCAUGACGUUUGUGGUGCUGAAUCUGUUCAUCUCUGUCAUCCUGGUGGCCUUCAGCGAGGAGCAAAAAUGCAAUCAGCUGUCAGAGGAAGAACAGAUUAUGGAUUUGCUGCUGAUGAAAACACUCAGUUUCUUGGGCAUUAAAGGCAAAAGGGAGGAGCCUCAGGGCAGCUGUGAGCAGCCUGAGUCGCUGCCCAAGGCUGCAGCCUCUCACCCAGUACAAGCCUCGUCCAGGGUUUAAGCUGUUGGUUCCCGUCCACAUGCAAUCAUCUGGAGGUCAGAACUUCGGGCUGUGCUUAUCACUGACUGCUGUAGUCUCACCAGGGUAUUGUUGCUUCUGUGCAUAGGAAAGUUACCAAGCUCAACAAGUAAGCAAAACUGCCACUACC